AUGGAAACACCACUAUCACCAGCCCAAGAUUCAAGUCUCAAUAUCCAAACACCUGCAACCGCCCAGCGGCACGACACCUACGACGUUCAAGUAGUCUCAUUGUCAGAAACGCAGAACGAAACAUCUCAAGGGUCCUCCCCCUCCGUGUCAGGUAUCAACGACACUCCCUUGUCUGAUCAAGAGAACCGGUCUCCAUCCAAGUCACGACAUUCUCGAGUCCUCUCAGGGGCAACUCUGUCACCACUUAAGAUCCUCACUGAUCAGCGAGACGUGAGAGACGGAAGACCAACAGACAGACUCACACCUGGUUCUCGCAGCCCUCGAAAGGUGUCUCCCGAGAAACGGUUUCCUGUUAAGAUCAGUAACCCUAUCAAUACGCCCCGCACCAGCCAAGAGAACACGAUGAGUCUGGAUGAUGCCGUGCGACAGAACGAAGGUCUCAAGCGUGCAAUUGCCAUCUUCGAGGACGAGCAGAGUGUGUUGGAAGACGGCCAAGAUGAAAUGGAUGUCACCGUAGGCACUGUCAACGUCAACCCUUCAGGGCAGAUGGAGGUGGACGAGUCCGCGUGCCCUGACGAUACCAUGGUCAGCACAUUCAGCACGUUCUCAGCUGUACCAGACUUGACCAUGUUUGCCAAGCUGGGCCAGAGUCCUACCAAGCUUUCUGACAUGGGCGGCCUUACUCCUCGUGCACUCAAGCGAGCCGAUACCUCACCAUCGCGAACAGCACGACGCAGGUCGAGGCAUGACUCAGGAAAUACAACAAAUCUUCUAGACUUUACAGAUCAGCUGCGUUUCCCUCAGAAAACACCAUCUAGAGGCGGCCUCUCUCCUUCGCGAACGGCGCCUAAUGUUUCUGAAACUCCUUCUCGUAGCGGCUUCACUAACCUGAUUGAUUUCGAUAUCCCUCCUAUGCCAACCCCUCGCAGUAUUCCCAGCAUUACUGCCCGUGAGCUGGAGUCGCUCAAGUCCAAUUUCCUCUCCGAGAUCAGCUCACUCAAGGCCUCAUUGAGUGGCAAAGAGGCUGAAGUUCAAUCCCUCAAGGCCGCUGUCGGUGACGCCGAGAAGCGCGUGGGUGAAUCUCAAGAGCAGCUCCGUGAUGAGCUGACUAUCAAGGAACAACUCACUCAUGAGAAGCAAGUCUGGGAGAACCGUGGCCGUGAGAUGGAGAGUGUCUUGCGGAAAGUAAAGGAUGAAAUUGUGGCCAGCCAGAGAGAACAGGAAGAGCUGGAACAGAAGCUGGAGGAAAGUGAGAAGCGACGUGAAGCAGCAGAGAUGCUACACCAGGAGGCAGAGAGUAAGAUGGCUGGUAUGCGUGCUGGAAAGGACAACGAUAAGGCGUCUCCCGAAAAGCCCAUAACUACCAACGAUAACACCCAUGAAAUUGAGGUCGCUGUCGAGCGUGUGGCUCGUGAGCUCCACGCCCUCUAUAAGAGCAAGCACGAAUCUAAGGUCACUGCCUUGAAAAAGUCAUACGAAACUCGAUGGGAGAAGCGCGUCCGCGAGCUCGAAAGCAAGAUUGACGAACUCUCCGAAGAAAACGAACGUUUCCGCGUCAACCAAGACGUGAACAUGACCAGGCUUGAGCCUGACAGCGCCGAAGCCGACGAACGCAAGGCCCAAGCUGUUCGGGAUAGCGCAACAAUCAAGGAGCUUGACGCCAACAUCCAACGUCUUGAGGCGGUUGUGCAAACGAUAAAGCUCGACAACGAAGGGCUUCGUAGCAUGCUGGAGCAAGAGCGCGUGGAGAAGGGAGAGCUCGUGCAGCUUGCAGAGGAGAUGAUGAACAUGCAGAGCAUUGUUGCGCAAACACCAAAGCCGCAACCGCAGCAACAGUUGCCGCAACCUCAAUCUGCGUCCCGCUACCAGCACGACAGGCAACACGACAGAGAGCCAGAGGCCAAGACGCCCAAACGCAACGCGGAUCACUUUAGGAGCAGCGUCAGCCGUGUUUCAGGGCUACGAGCACCUGGCUCUGCCCUUCGAGCACCCCACGAGCGAACAAAGAGCACUGGUGGCUUGCCUCGUCCCGGUGGCGCAGGCCGUAGCGGCAUCAUGAACUCCAUCGAGAAGAUGGGCAACUACCGGGGGCGUGCAGGCGAGUAA